ACCCCACCACACUCUCCUCCCUCGCCUCGCUUUCGCUCCCAUGUCUACCUCGCCAGUCGCUAAGAAGAUGAAGUCCACCAAGAUCAUCGGUACCCACUCGGGCACCUUCCACUGCGACGAGGCACUUGCGGUCUUCCUCCUUCGUCUGACGGACCAGUUCAAGGACGCUGACCUCGUGCGCACCCGCGACCCUGCUAAGCUCGAGCCGCUGGACAUUGUGGUUGAUGUUGGUGGCGUUUACGACCCCGCUAAGGAGCGCUACGACCACCACCAGCGUGGCUUCAACGAGGUGUUUGGCCACGGCUUCAACACCAAGCUCUCGUCCGCCGGGCUUGUGUACAAGCACUACGGCAAGCACAUUAUCGCGCGCACCCUUGAUGUUGCUGAGGACGAGGCGCAGGUUCACACCCUCUGGUUGCAGCUGUACUCCGAGCUUAUCGAGAGUAUCGACGCCAUCGACAACGGCAUCAACAUUGCCGACGGCCCACUCAAGUACAACCAACGCUCCGACCUGAGCUCGCGCGUGCGCCGCCUCAACCCCCGUUGGAACGAGCCCGCCUCGGGCGACGACUACGACGCCAAGUUUGCCAUUGCGUCUAAGAUGACCGGGGAAGAGUUCCUUCAGCAGCUCGACUACUUUGCCAACGCGUGGCUGCCGGCGCGCGACAUCGUCGCCGCCGCGCUCGCGACGCGCAAGGAGGUCGACCCUUCCGGGCAGAUUGUCGUGUUCAAGCAGUCCGCACCAUGGAAGGACCACCUUUUCUCGAUCGAGCCCACACUCCAGCCCCCAGCGAAGAUUCUCUACGUUCUUUACCCCGAGAACCCGGAGAAGGAGGACAGCAAGUGGCGCAUCCAGUGCGUCCCAGAGAGCCCGGACAGCUUUGUGAACCGUCUGAGUCUGCCCGAGGCUUGGCGCGGCGUUCGCGACGCCGACCUUGACAAGGUCACCGGUAUUCCGGGAGGCGUCUUCUGCCACGCCAGUGGAUUUAUUGGAGGGCACACUACGUACAACGGUGUGCUCGCGAUGGCGCGCGCCGCGCUGUGUCAGUGAUGUUGUAGGAUGCAGAUGUAGAGACAGGUCAUUCGGUUGAAGACUCG